AUGUCCGCGCAGAUAUAUAAUCUUGCCGCACCACGCACCACGCACAUCAUCACUGCCCCCAGCCCCGCGCCACGUACCCCGCACCCUCGUCUCGCACCCUCCGCACAUCCGCACGUCCAGCGCCGAGCGCCCAUCCUCAUCCUCAUCCUCCUCCUCCUCCUCGUUCCGCGCAGUACAGUGCAGUGCAGGACGCCGUCCUGCCUCCUGCCUCCUAACUCGCGCCUUCUGAUUUGCACCACCUUACCCCUCUCGCCGUGCUCUGAUGGUGUCGGUGUCGGUGUCGGUGUUACCGUGCUGGUGCUGACGUACCGGUGUGCUGGCAUGUCGGCGGCGGUUGGUCGGUGGGGCCGGGCGGAAGAAGGGGGCAAGAGGGGCGUGGACGGGCGGGCGGGUGUGGGCGGGUGCGUGUGCAAGAGGGGUCAGGAGGGAGUCAGGAGAAGACGGAUGGAUGGAUGGAUGCACCGCACACUCCAGCCAACAGGCCCCGCAGGCCCCGGAGGCCCUCCACCACCGAACCAAUCCCCCGCAUCAAACCCAAACUCAAACCCCAACGCCAACCCAAACGCCAACCCAAACGCGCCCAACACCAACGCCAAUAAUCCCAGCGCAGGCCCCGGCGGACCGCCGCCCCAUCCGAUGACGCCGCAGCAGCAGGGCAUGGGUGUGCCUAUGAUGGUCGAUAGGGAUCGUGAGCGUGAUCGUGAGCGUGAGCGUGAGCGUGAGCGGGACGUGAGGGACGUCCGCGAUGUGCGCGAUGUGCGAGAAAGAGAGAUGAGAGAAAGAGAGAUGAGAGACGCGCGCGAGAUGCGGGAUAUGCGGGACGUCAGAGAGAUGCGGGACGCGCGGGAUAUGCGGGAUAUGCGGGAUGUGAGAGAUGUGCGGGAUGUGAGAGAUGUGCGGGAUAUGGGACGAGGCGAUAUGCGCGAUAUGCGCGAUGUACGGGACGUGCGGGACCCGAGGGAUGUGCGGGACCCCAGGGAUGUGAGAGAUAUGCGGGAUAUGAUUGCGCGGGAUAUGAGGGAUUUGGGCAGGGAUUUAGGGAGGGAACGCGAGCGCGAGAGGGAGAUGGGCAGGGAUGGGAGGGAGAGGGAGAUGGUCGUUAGAGAGCGUGAGCGCGAGCGCGAGCGGGAGAGGGAGCGGGAGAGGGAGAGAGAACAGCUUGUGAGAGAGCGCGAGCGGGAGAUGGGUGUUGGGCGCGCCGAGCGCGACCGCGAGCGAGACCGCGAGCGCGAGAUGGUGAUUGGUAGAGGCGACCGCGAGCGCGAGAUGGGGCCUGGUGAUGUGGGCGUUGGCAGGCAGCUCGAGCUGAUCAACCGCGGGCGCGACAUGGGCGGUGUUGGCGUCGGCGUGGGGAUGGGCGGGCCGGCUGGUGCGGGCGCUGGAGGGGGCGCGGUACCGCUCAGUCUUGUUGGUGGUGGUGGGGGUGGUGGGAUUAACAUUGGUGCGCCGGGGGGCGGGGUGAAUGUGGUUGGGCCUGCGGGGCGCGGCGGGGCUGUUGUAGGUGCGGGUGUGGGUGUUGGGCCGGGCGAUAGGGAAAGAGAGAGGGAACGCGAGAGGGAGCAGUUGGCGCGGGAGAGGGAUAUGAUGGUCCGCGAGCGUGAUGUCCAGCGCGAACGCGAGCGGGAACGCGAGAGGGAGAGGGAGAGAGAGCAGCGCGCGCCGGUGGGCGGAGGACCCGGCGGUCCGCCGCCGCCUGGUGUUGGUGUAGGCGUGCCAGUCCUCGGCGUCGGCGGCGUUGGAGUUGGCGUGCCUGUGGGCGGUAUCGCGCCAGGUGGUGUUAUAGGCGGCGUUGUACCGGGCCAUCACCCCGGGCUGAGUGUAGGUGUCGGUAUGGGGCCUGGGGGCGUGGGCGUUGCGCCUGGCGCGGGGCCGGCGAAUGCUGUCGGCCCCGGCGCGGGUGUGGGUGUUGUGGGUGUGGGUGCGCCGUUGCCGCCACAGCAGCAGCAGCAACAGCAACAGCAACAGCAGCCGCAGCCACCUGGUGUAGGCGUGGGCGUGGGGGGUAUGCCACGCUCGAGGCUUGACGAGCCGCUUGAUGCGAUUAGAGCAGAGUUUGAGUUGUUGACGCAGGAAAUGGUUUCGUUGCGUGCGCAGCGGGACGAAUAUGAGUCAAAGAUCGCUUCGCAAGUCAACGAGCUCAAUAUCAUCCGUCAAUCGCUCUACGACCUCGAAUCGCAACACGGCAAGAUCCGCGCGCAUUUCGAAGAAGAAGUCGCGCGUGCGAGGGCGGAGGGGCGGGCUGCGGCAGCGGCAGCCGCAGCCGCCGCCGCCAACGCCAACGCCAACGCAUCUGGGAGCGGCGGGCAGCAGCCACCCGGCGGUGGAGGUGGUGGUGGUGCAGGAGGAGGAGGAGGAGGGGCGCAGCAGGGGGGUAUUGCGUCGCUUGCUUCUAUGAAUGGCAAUGGGAUUCCGGGGCAGCAGCUUGGACCUGGUGGGCCGCCGCCUCAGGGUCCUGGUGCCGGAGGUGCAGGAGGAGGAGGAGGGGGAGGACCGGUUGUGGGACCUGGAGGACAAGCGACGAUGGGACCUGGCGGCAUGCUCAGCGGGUCCAAUGCGCCUGUGGGCAUGUACGGCGAGCCGUAUUAUGGUGGUGGUGGCGCGGGGCGCGAGAGGGAUAUUGCGCAUAGAGAGAUGAGAGAGAGGGAGAUGAGGGAACGGGAGAUGAGGGAACGGGAGAUGAGGGAGCGGGAGAGGAUGGUGGGUUUGGAGAGGGAGAGGGAGAGGGGCAUGUCGCUUUCCGAGCGCGAUAGGGAGAGAGAUCGUGAUGUGCGCAUGGGCGCGCCUCCAGGCGAACGCGAGCGCGAGCGUGAAAGAGAGCGCGAACGCGAACGAGAAAGAGAGCGCGACAAUAGAAUGAUGGUCGACAGAGACCGCGCCCCCGACCCUCGCGACACCAAACGACCCAAGAUCGAAGGGGCGCGGCUUAAAGACCAUUUCAGUCCGGGGCAUACACCCAAACUCCCGCCGCCGCCUAGCGCUGGGGCCUCCUCCUCUUCCGCCUCCGCCGCUGGUGGUGGUGUAGGGCUUAUGCAUCCUGGCGCGCCGCCGCCGCAGGGUGCUGGACCGGGUCAGUACCCCGGCAUGGACAACUCGCUGGGUCUCAUUCCCACUAACCCCUCCUCCGCUGCUGCUGCUGGGGGUGUGGGAGCAGGAGGAGCGGGAAGCCUAAGUUUCCCGGAUGAUCUGGACAUCCACAAUGUCCCUGCUGAUAUGAAGAAGGAAGGAAGCGAUUGGUUCGCGGUGUUUAAUCCUAGUCCGAAAGUGAAGAGAGUGUUGGAUGUGCAGUUGGUUCAUACGCUUAUGCAUGAGAGUGUGGUAUGCUGUGUACGCUUCUCAGCAGAUGGAAAAUAUCUCGCGACGGGGUGUAACAGGACUGCGCAGAUUUAUGAUACGAAGACUGGAAUGAAAACUUGUGUGCUGAUAGACGAUGCAGCUGGAAAAUCGGGCGACCUGUACAUCCGCAGUGUGUGCUUCAGUCCUGAUGGCAAAUACCUCGCGACAGGCGCAGAGGAUAAACAAAUCAGAAUCUGGGACAUCGCGAAAAAACGCAUCCGCAACGUGUUCGACGGGCACCAACAAGAAAUCUACUCGCUCGACUUUUCACAUGACGGCCGGCUGAUCGUCUCAGGCUCCGGCGACAAAACAGCGCGGAUCUGGGACAUGCACGACGGGUCCUCGAAAGUCCUGACCAUCAACGACCCCGACUCGCUGAACAACGAUGCUGGAGUGACAUCCGUCGCCAUAUCACCCGACGGGCGCUGGGUCGCGGCGGGGAGUCUGGAUACGGUGGUGAGGAUUUGGGAUGUGGCGAGUGGCGUGCUGGUGGAAAGGUUGAGGGGCCAUAGGGAUAGUGUGUAUAGUGUUGCGUUUACGCCGGAUGGGAAGGGGCUGGUUAGUGGGAGUUUGGAUAAGACGUUGAAGUAUUGGGAUGUUAGUGGGCUUGGGAAGGGGGUGGGCGGAGGGGGUGCGGGAGGGAGGAAGGAGUCCCCGAGCCCGAGGAAGGAUGAGAAGCCUGUCAUUGGGACGCCUGGGGGUGGCGGCUCUGGUGCGAACGCUGCUGGCACAUCAUCGUCAUCCGCGUCCGGCUCCGGCUCCGCGUCCACCUCCACAGCCGUAGUCCCCGCCAACAACGCCGGCACAUCCACAUCCACGUCCACGUCCACAUCCAACACCUCCAACCCAAGCACAAGCACAAGCACAAGCACAAGCGCAAGCGCAUGCACAAUGAACUUCACCGGCCACAAAGACUACGUCCUCUCCGUCGCCGUCUCGCACGACGGCCAAUGGGUCGUCUCGGGCUCCAAAGACCGCGGCGUCCAGUUCUGGGAUGCACACACCGCGGUUGUGCAGUGUAUGUUGCAGGGCCAUAAGAAUUCGGUUAUUAGUAUUGAUUUGAGUCCCGCGGGGAAUUGGCUCGCGACGGGGAGUGGGGAUUGGCAGGCUAGGAUUUGGAGCUACAGCACGAUUGCUUGA